CUUGACUGUUGCUGACUGAAUAAAGGGCAGGCUGGGUGGAGACUGAUCUGAGCUCGGAGCUGCCUGCUUGCACAACUUCUGAGAGCACCAGUGCCCACUCCAGCCCAGCCAGCGAUCGAGCAGAGACACAGCCAGUGUGAGUGCGGGUGAGAGAGCAGGCAGGAGCACAGGACAGCAGCUCUGAGGACAGCAGCUAAGAAAAAGGUUUGGUGAGGACGCUGAACUAGCAUCUCAAUGGCCAGUAACAACACUGCCAGCAUCGCGCAGGCCCGCAAACUGGUGGAGCAGCUCAAGAUGGAGGCCAACAUCGACAGGAUAAAGGUGUCUAAAGCAGCGGCUGAUCUGAUGUCGUACUGCGAGGCUCAUGCCAAGGAGGACCCGCUGCUGUCGCCCGUCCCAGCCUCCGAAAACCCCUUCAGAGAGAAGAAGUUCUUCUGCGCCAUCCUGUGAGGGAGGCUGGCAGGGGAGGAGGAGCCGGCGGGCGCUGGGCUCUCUCAACACACACACUUGUAUAGCCCAUGGUGUGGCAGGGGCGCCUUUCCCAGUCCACGCGCACAGAAACAAAAAAUCUAUUUAAAAAAGAGUGUGGAGGCUGCAGAGAUGUGCAUGUUUUACAGACAGGCUUCUGUUGAUGAAGAUCCAAACUUCAGAUCGGGGAGUCUUCAGAGCGCACAGCGCAGCAGCCCGACACUGACUGAUACACAGAGAUGUAAAAACAAACCAUUCUGUGGUUCUUUCCAAAUCUGAUUGAUUUGCUUAAUGAAGAUUAGUGCCUGGAGGCUGUAUGGACCGGUAUCAUUAUUUUGUAUGUUUUUUGUUUCUUUCUUUAGUUCAAUGGUAAAUUCACGAGACGGUCGCUUUCCAAGGCAAUUAUUGAUUAUUCGGUUCUGUGCACUUUUUUUGUGAUUGUUUGUUUUUCAUUAGGUUAGCUAAAUGCCUUUUAGGAAAGAAUGUAAAAAGUUUUGAAAGCUCGAGAAAUGAAAGGUGUUUACCGCAAUGUAUUUAACAGAAGAAGUGCAGUGCAGUGUGAAUUUGUUUUGUAACGAUACUAAUCGCUCUUUUUAACCUUCGUAUAUGAUAGCUAGGGAGUAAACCCUGUGUCGUGCUCAGUGUUAUGAAUGUGGUGAUGAUGAUGAUGAUGAUGAACACAGUAAUACUGCAUGGAAAUGGGCAAAGCUGACAAAUGUACCCUUUUCAACUUGUAUUAUUUUUUAUUUUUUUAAUUCCCAUAGUUCAACCCAAGCAGACAGAUCAGGAAAAUCAUUCAUUUUCUUUUCUGCUGUAAAAACUUUACCAAAUACCCAGCUGGGCAGAGACUCAUUCUAGCCAGCAAGUCUCAUUCUAGCCAGCCCUCUAGGUUUUGUGUGUUUCUUUCUGCCUGUCUGCCCUGUUUUUUAUUGUCAGGAUUUGUUUCACGUGGUACAAAGAGAAAGCUGCAGCUAAUUUCCUGCUCAACCUGAACCUUGUUUUUCUUUUUAUUAAAAUGUAAAUUGACCCGAAACAAACAGCUACAGCCGCAUUUCAGUGAAUAGCUUCAACCAGUGGAGUUCGUCCCACGCCUGCUCAGAGAACAACUUCUUAAUGCCAUUUCGACAGUGAAGUUUCAGGGGAAAGGACAGCCAAUACUCAACCCCCAACCCCAAUACUCAACCCCCAACCCCAAUACUCAACCCCAACCUCAAUACUCAACACCCAACCCCAAUACUCAACCCCCAACCCCAACCUCAACACCCAACCCCAACCCCAAUACUCAACACCCAACCCCAACCCCAAUACUCAACCCCAACCCCAACCCCAAUACUCAACCCCCAACCCCAAUACUCAACCCCCGACCUCAACCUCCAACCCCAACCCCAAUACUCAACCCCAACCUCAAUACCCAACCCCAACCCCAGCAACUCUUCUCUUUCCCAGUGAACCAAUCGACCAGUCGCCUAGAAUCAUAGACCACAACCCCAACCCCAACCCCAACCCUAACCCUGCUAGAGCACGUGUACUGCUGUGCCAGUAACAGCCCUCCUGCAGGGCACGCCACAUGUUGAAAUCUGUUGUUGGGGUGUUUUGGUUUGGGGGGGGGGGACUUUUUAAUCCAGCUUUCCAUUGGAGUCUCUGAAUGAUGCUUAGCUGACGUUCAUAACGCCAUACCAUGUGAACAAUGUACUGGGUUUAAAUCCACUUUUGCAUCUGUUUAAAAUAAAUAAAUAAAUAAAAACACA